AUGUAUGGAUCGCCAUUCGCCAUAGAAGCAAACUAUGCGGCCUCGUCUGCCCCGAUGUGUUUUGCAGCUAUGAUGGUGCUGUGCUUGUUUAAUCUGAACGUGCGACUGAAUGCAUUUUGGUUGUUGGUCUUGACCGCGACGCUCUGCAGCUCGAUCCUGUGCGGCACUGUUGACCCACUCAGGGCCUGCGACUUUGAAGCUCACCGCGCGCGCUACUCGUCGCACGUUUGUCAGGCGGGCCUGAUGCUGACUGCCUGUGUCAUCUGUCUACACAGGUACAUCUGCCUUGCCGCGCAGUACGAGAUCGAGGCCCGCAUAUCGAGGAAUGAGCUGCAGGCUGCGCGCUCGGUGCUGCGAGGUGUCUGCGACGCGGUGGUGGAGCUCGAUAGCGACUUCCGUCUGCAGGACGAGUCCCCCCAGCUCGUCAACAUGCUCUUGCUGAACUCGCAGCGAUCCCUCUUGGGCGAGGACGUGAGGUCGUUCCUGGCGUCCGAGCAGGACCGCCAGAAGUUCACCGAGCAGAUGGGCCAGUCCUGGGAUCAGAGCGACGACGUGGUGGGGCUCAGCGCGGCCUUCCACGUUUCCAUGAAAGACAGCUCCAGCGUACCCCUCGUCGUCGAGGUGUUCUCCGUGCCCUUCGUGAACCGGGAUGCGCAAGCGGCGUAUUCUGUCGGGAUCCGAGAAUUUACGGACAUCAGCCCGAUACUCACCGUGGACAGUGCGGCGGAGGUGCGCCAGGGCAACUUUCACAGAGUUGCUGCCCCAGAGGCAGUUUCCUGGGCCCCACGCGUGCCUGCAGUGGACUCCACCCACGAUUCGUCGGAUGUGAACUCAAACGCUCUCGCGUGGGGCAUGGAGUUGCUGAUCGAGGCUGAGGCCAUCGGCUGGAUCGACAUCCUAACGGAGGGCUACACCGUGAGGUACGCCAGCCCCGCAUUCGCUAAGCAUCUGGAGGCCAACAGCGAGUUCUUGGCCGCGCUGAAACCACGUUCACGAGCAGAUUUUAUAUGCUGGAUCCAGCAGGCGUGGUUCGAUCUGGUGGAGGAGGGAUCCGAUUCCGGUCCUAAGCAAUACAGCGAGCGGCUCCACAUGAAGUGCUCCGCCCGCGCGGCCACAAGCGGGACGCGACGGACGUGGCGAUCGGUCUCGGCUAAUUUGAGGCUCGACCUGACACCACCCCCUGACGGGCAGCCCCACGGCGAGGGUGUCGUGCGCAUCGUGCUCCAGGACUUGCAGAUCGACACGAGAGCGCCCGGCACCCUGUCGAAGGGGACCCCGCCGGCCGCGUCAAGAGCCAGCCUGGAGCGCGCCACCCCGGUCGCGUGCAGCCGACUUGAGGCCGAAGAGGCCGCGGCCGAGGGGCAGAGGCCCGCAGGGGCCACAGCGGGCGCGGCCGAGGGGCGGUGCGGCGGCGCUGCUGGCGCGGCCUCGCAGCCGCAGGGCCGUGCCGAGGCCGCGACGGCCGCCGCCGAGGUGCGGCGGCGGCCGGAGCCGCCGCCAGCAGGGCGGCGUCGCCGCAGAGGACAGGGCAGCUGCGGAGCCUGUGAGGCGCAGACGCGCCCCUGUGUCCGGCGUCGCCGGCCUGCUUGGACCUGA